AUAAUCUGAGUUUGGCAGCUAGUUUGACAUAGAAAGAAGCUGGAUAGAGGGAUCUUUUGGGGAGGAGCGGUGCAACAACACGACUGAUUUAAUUGGUUGAGCAAGAUGUCGACCUCGACGAACGUGGUAGUCCUGGACAACGGCGGCGGGCUGAUCAAGGCGGGCAUCGGCGGCGAGCGCGACCCCUCCGCCAUAGUCCCGAACUGCCUCUACCGCCCCCCGUCGUCGAAGAAGUGGCUCCACCUCCACUCCGGCGACGAGGACCUCACCUCCGCCGCCGUGCGCCGCCCCAUGGACCGCGGCUACCUCAUAAACCCCGACCUCCAGCGCGAAAUCUGGUCCCACCUCUUCUCUUCCGUCCUCCACAUAAACCCUUCCCAGUCCUCGCUCCUCCUCACGGAGCCUCUCUUCACUCCCCCCUCCAUCCAGCGCUCGGUGGACGAGCUCGUCUUCGAGGACUUCAACUUCCGGGCCCUGUACGUGGCCCACUCCCCCUCCCUCGUCCACCUCCACGAGGCCAGCCGCAACAACGCCAACGGGCUCCUCUCCAAGGCCCAGUGCAGCCUCGUCCUCGACGCCGGGUUCUCCUUCACCCACGCCUCCCCCGUCUUCCACAACUUCGCCCUCAACUACGCCGUCAAGAGGAUCGACCUCGGCGGCAAGGCCCUCACCAACUACCUCAAGGAGCUCGUCUCCUUCCGCUCCGUUAAUGUCAUGGAAGAGACCUUCAUCAUCGACGACGUCAAGGAGAAACUCUGCUUUGUCUCACUCGACGUCAACCGCGACCUCACCAUCGCCAGGAAGAGUGGGAAAGAGAAUCUGUUCAGGUGCACCUACGUGCUUCCGGAUGGUGUCACGUACACAAAGGGGUUUGUUAAGUAUCCAGAUCAGGCGCAGCGAUAUCUUGCAUUGAGGGAGGGUGGCCUUCAUUCUUCAUCACCAGUGCAAGCGCAGGAGGAUGUGAAUUUCACGGAAAUUGCCGAGCACCCAGAGAACAGGAAGAGAGUUGAUUUGACAAAAAAUGAAUUUGACUUGACAAAUGAACGGUUUCUUGUGCCAGAGAUGAUCUUCCGUCCUGCUGAUUUGGGAAUGAACCAGGCUGGGCUAGCAGAAUGCAUUGUACGUGCUGUUAAUGCGUGCCAUCCACAUCUCCGCCCUGUUCUCUAUGAAAGCAUCAUUUUAACUGGUGGAAGCACCUUAUUUCCUCAGUUUGCCGAGAGACUAGAGAAGGAGCUUCGGCCUCUAGUUCCUGAUGACUAUCGUGUGAAGAUAACGACUCAAGAAGAUCCCAUACUAGGUGUUUGGCGUGGAGGUUCACUGUUGGCAUCAAGUCCGGAUUUUGAAGCUAUGUGUGUGACCAAGUCUGAGUAUGAGGAGCUUGGUUCUGCUAGAUGUCGCAAGAGAUUCUUUCAUUAAAUGUGCAUGCUAUCAACAUAUCUACCCUAAUAUUGUAUGUAACCCUGAUCUGUAGUAUGUAGUUGAUGAGAUUCAUAAAGAUGUCACUUUUUUUUAUCUCUUUCAUUUUCCAAUUCCUACAUCUUCCUCGCAAGCAAAUGCCACAUUGGAGAGAAGAUCAGAAGACCAUGGACUGCUAGUGCAGGAAGUGUGUAAAUGGAGAAUAUUGAUUGAACCCACUGUACGUCAUUGCACUGUUCAGCGAAUGUUCUGUCCUCAUCUUUCCAACGGAUUCUUACACGGGACCAAGGUUUGAAAUGUGGAUGAUCAUCUCUGUAAAAAAUUUAUUCAGGCUACAGUUUUCAGGUGAAUAUGAUAUGAUGCAGGCAUACUGGUAAUAUUGGAUCAAAAUCCAUAGGAUUAUGACUUCACUUUUCUUCUGCAACAAGUGUGGCCUUCUUUUGAGGUGCUAUCUAGUGUGGUAUGGGGAACAUUUAGAUAUUAAUAUACCAAUCAAGAAAAAAUUUCAUUCA